AUGGGCGAACUCGCAAAAGGAGGCUGGUGGGCCUGGUCGACCAAGAAGAAAGUCCUUAUCCUUGGGAGCAUCGCCUUCGUCAUCGUCGCACUGGGUGUCGGUCUGGGCGCCGGACUUGGAAUUGGUCUCAAGGGCGGAGAUGAUGAUAACGACAAUGACACCAGCGACGACAGCGGAACGGACACGUCAACACCGACCAACACCACCGUCAAAUGGCAGCCAGCCGUUGGAACCAAGUGGCAGAUCGUGCUGAAGCACAAGAUCAACGAUACUUCGGUGGAAGCACCCAUUUACGAUAUCGAUCUUUUCGACAACGAGGCUAGCAUCAUCACGGAUUUGCACAAGAUGGGUCGCAAGGUCAUCUGCUACUUUUCUGCCGGUACAUACGAGGAUUGGCGCGUUGAUAAAGAUGAAUUCGACGAGGCCGAUCUGGGCAGCAACCUCGAUGACUGGCCAGGCGAGAAGUGGGUCAACGUCAAGUCCACCAAGAUCCGCAAGAUCAUGAAGGAGCGUCUUGAUCUCGCCGUGAAGAAGGGAUGCGACGGUGUAGACCCUGACAAUAUCGAUGGCUAUGAUAAUGAAAACGGCCUUGGCCUCACCAAGGCCAACGCAAUCGAGUACGUGAAUUGGCUUGCAUCCCAGUCCCACAGCCGUGGACUGUCGGUUGGGCUCAAGAAUGGCGGCGACAUCAUCUCCUCUGUCAUUGACAACAUGCAGUGGUGUGUCAACGAGCAAUGUGCUCAGUACAAUGAGUGUGAUACAUAUGAGGCGUUCACCGACGCUGACAAGCCUGUUUUCCAAAUCGAAUAUCCCAAGGGCGACACCACCAACAACAACAAUGCUGUCACCGCCAAACAGGUAUCAACUGCCUGCACAGCAACUGGUGCUGGAAACUUCUCCACUGUUAUCAAAAACAUGAACUUGAAUAACUGGGUUGAGUACUGCCCCAGUGAUUAA